UCCUCCUAUCAACACCCAGAAAGAAAAAAAUAAUCUUCAUAGGGGAAGUUUUCAUCGACGAUGGCCUUGGAGAAAGAAAGAGUGUGUGUCACAGGAGCUGGUGGGUUUAUAGGCUCAUGGACAGUGAAGCUUCUUCUUUCCAAAGAUUACUUUGUUCAUGGAACUGUUAGAGAACCCAGAGAUGAGAAGAACGCUCAUUUAUAUGAACUUGAGAAAGCAUCUGAGAAACUGAAACUCUUCAAGGCAGACGUAUUGGAUUACGAUUCUCUCUAUUCCGCAAUCGUUGGUUGCAGUGGAGUCUUCCAUGUUGCUACUCCUGUGCCAUCUACAGUUGUACAGAAUCCUGAGGUGGAGAUGAUUGAACCAGCUGUAAAGGGCACACUCAAUGUACUGAAAGCAUGCGCUGAGGCAAAAGUUAAGAGACUUGUUGUAGUGUCAUCUGCAGCUGCUGUUAUCUACAACCCCAACUGGCCCAAGGGUCAAGUGCUAGAUGAAACUUGUUGGUCUGAUAAGGAGCAUUGCAGAACAAAUAAGAUCUGGUAUUCUUUUUCCAAAACGGUGGCGGAAAGUGAGGCUCUGGAAUAUGGAAAGAGAACUGGACUUGAUGUCGUUAGCAUUUGUCCUGCCUUUGUUUUUGGGCCAAUUCUGCAGUCCACAUUGAACGCAAGCAGCUCGAUUCUUGUUAAUAUAUUGAAAGGUUCCGAGUCCUUGGAAAACAGGCUAUGGAUGAUAGUUGAUGUGCGUGAUGUAGCUGAAGCGUCAAUUUUACUAUAUGAGAACCCUGAAGCCGAAGGGAGAUAUAUAUGCAUUGCAUACGGCUGCAGAGGACAAGAGCUUGUUGAUAAACUGAAGAAUCUAUAUCCUGACUACGCAUAUCCUAAAUACUUUACUGAAGGAGUGGAGGACAAAGUGCUAACUUCAGAAAAAUUGCAGAAGCUGGGUUGGAGUUUCAGGCCUUUGGAGGAGACUCUUAUUGAUUCCGUCGAGAGCUACAAGAAAGCUGGAAUCUUAAAUGAUAGAUCCAAAGGAAACAAUCUUGAUAGAGGGAAGAUGGCAUUAGAGAAAGGAAGAGUGUGCGUAACAGGAGCUGGAGGCUUCGUAGGCUCGUGGGUUGUCAAGCUUCUACUCUCGAGAGACUAUAUUGUUCAUGGAACUGUUAGAGAACCCAGGGAUGAGAAGAAUGCUCAUUUGUAUAAACUUGAGAAGGCAUCUGAGAAUCUGAAACUCUUCAGGGCUGAUGUACUGGAUUACAACUCUGUUUAUUCUGCUGUUCUUGGAUGCAGUGGAGUCUUCCAUGUAGCCAGUCCUGUUCCAUCCACUACUGUACCAAAUCCUGAGGUGGAGGUACUUGAACCAGCUGUUAAGGGUACACUAAACGUGCUGAAAGCAUGUGUUGGGGCAAAAGUGAAAAGAGUUGUUUUUGUGUCUUCCGGAGCUGCUGUUGCCUUGAACCCCAGUUGGCCCAAGGAUCGAGUGAUGGAUGAGACUUGUUGGUCUGAUAAGGAAUAUUGCAGAACAACUAAGAACUGGUAUUGUCUUUCCAAAACGGAAGCGGAAAGUGAGGCUUUGGAGUUUGGAAAGAGAAAUGGACUUGAUGUUGUGAGCGUUUGUCCCACCCUUAUUCUGGGGCCAAUUUUGCAAUCCACAUUAAAUUCAAGUAGCUUAGUACUUGUUAAACUUUUGAAAGAAGGUUAUGAGACAUUGGAGAACAAGCUACGGACGAUCGUUGAUGUGCGGGAUGUAGCGGAAGCCUUGCUUUUGGCAUAUGAGAAGCCUGAGGCAGAAGGGAGAUACAUUUGCACAGCAUACAUUAUCAGAGCACAGGAAUUUGUUGAUAAAGUGAAGAGCAUAUAUCCUAACUACAUAUAUCCCAAAAUCUUCACCGAGUCUGGGGAGGAAAGAGUGCUAACUUCUGAAAAGUUGCAGAAACUCGGCUGGAGUUUCCGGGAAUUGGAGGAGACUGUCAUUGAUUCCGUUGAGAGCUACAAGAAGGCUGGGAUCAUAAAUAAGGGAAGGAUAAUAUUUGCUGUAAUAAUAAUGUUUUCAAGGCGUGAGAGGAUGAGUGGGAUGAUGAUGACAGAAGUUGAAGAGAAAGAGACUGUGUGUGUGACCGGUGCAGGAGGUUUUAUAGCUUCAUGGCUGAUCAAGUUUCUCCUUUUGAAGGGUUACAUGGUCCAUGGAACGGUUAGAGACCCAAGUGAUGAGAAGAAUGCUCAUCUGAAGAAGUUGGAAAAUGCUUCAGAGAAUUUGCAACUCUUCAAGGCAGAUUUGUUGGACUUUGAAGGUCUUUGUGCGGCCAUUGUAGGCUGCACUGGGGUUUUCCAUGUUGCUUCCCCUGUUCCCGGAGGAAGUGUUCCAAAUCCUGAGGUAGAUUUGAUUGAACCAGCUGUGGUUGGUACACGAAAUGUGCUUGAUGCUUGUGUGAAGGCAAAAGUGAAAAGGGUUGUGGUUGUUUCGUCUCUAGCUGCUGUUGGACUGAACCCAAAUUGGCCUAAGAAUAAAGUCAUGGAUGAGACAUGCUGGUCUGACAAAGAACAUUGUGAGGCAACCAAGAACUUUUAUAGCCUUGCCAAGACAACGGCAGAGACUGAGGCUUGGGGGUAUGCAGAGAAGGGUGAACUUGACAUUGUGACAGUUUGUCCAUCAAUUGUGCUUGGGCCAAUGCUGCAAUCCACUAUCAAUGCCAGUAGCUUACUGCUCCUGGCGCUUUUGACAGAUGGACACAAAACGCUGGAAGACACUGUUCGACCCGUUGUAGAUGUACGUGAUGUGGCCGAGGCACUUUUGCUGGUAUAUGAGAAGCCUGAAGCAAAAGGAAGAUAUAUAUGUACUUCUUAUCAAGUCAAAAUGCAGGCACUAGCGCUCAAGUUGAAGAGCAUGUUUCCGCACUACAGUUACUCUGAAAGCUUCACUGAGAAUGACUCUGAAGCAAAUCUGAGUUCAGAGAAAUUGCAGAAGCUGGGAUGGAAGUACCGGCCACUAGAAGAAAUCCUUAGGGACGCCGUCUUGAAUUAUGAAGAAAAGGGCAUCCUCUGUAAAGCUUAGAAUAUGGUUUUUGCUGGCUGAUAAACCAUCUUCAUGACUUUCAUGGUUCAAAGCUGCUGUCUUCUGUCAUCAUAAUAAGGACAGCUCGAAAUAAAUUUCAACCUACACCAUCA